AGUUCCGGGAGGACGAACCGCCUUGAGGCGGCAAUUCUGGCGUUUUGUUGGCGGCUUUCGGGUCUAUUCACCUGGUCAGACGCCUCCGAAUCGCCAGGUCCGGACCGAGGUGGCGGCAGAGGAGGCGCCGUCCCCACGGCCCAGGCGGCUCUGAGGCUCGGCGACACCGCCCGGGGCCCCGCGCCAGGCCCGGGCCAGGGAGCGCCGCGCCCGGCGCCUCGUCUCCCGCCGCUCCCGGCCCCGCGCCGCCCCCAAGGCCGAUGGCGGCGGCCGCGCGGAGGGAGCCGGCUCAGGACAGUGUGAUCUUUCACGAUGUUGCUGUGUACUUCUCCUGGGGGGACUGGAGGCUCCUGGAUGAGGCUCAGAGACGCCUGUACCUGGAUGUGAUGCUGGAGAACUUUGUGCUCAUAUCCUCUCUGGGUUGCUGUUGUGGAGCAGAGGAUUUGGAGGCUCCCUUUGAACAGAGCAUUUCUGUAGAAGUUUCAACUGCCAGGGCUCCCACGGCAGCCCCAUCUUCCCAGAAGACCCACCCCUGUCAGAUGUGUGGUCCAGUCUUGAGAGACAUUUUCCACUUGGCUGAGCAGCAGGGAACACAACACAGCCUGAAACUGUUGAGGUGUGGGGCUUGUACAAAACAGUUUUAUUUCAGUGCAAAGUUUCAACAGCACCAGGAGCAGCACAUGGGAGACAAACCCUUCAGAAGCAGUGUGGACACGGCCUCGUUUGUGAAGAGCUGCAGAUUCCAUGUGUCAGGGAAGCCCGUUCCCUGUGGGGAGGUUGGGAAGGACUUCCUGGCAAGCUUGGGACAUCAACAGCAGUAGACCACUCAUACUGGGGAGAAGCCAGACAAAAUCACCCAAUGCAGGGCCACUUUACCAGGCAAAAAUAGUCGUUAUACCUGGGGAGAAUGCAAGAAGGCCUUUGGUCCCAAACAUAUACUUGUUCAGGACCAGGGUGUUCACACUGGAAGACAGUAUUUUGUGUACCAUGAAUGUGGUAGGACAUUCAGGUACAAAUCCUCAUUUGUUGUGCACCAGAGAGUCCACCCUGGAGGAAGCCUUCAUGUGUGUGGAGAAUGUGGCAGAUCUUUUAUCCGAAGUUCAACCCUCAGUCAACACCAAAGAAUUCAUACUGGGGCAAGACUGUGCAAGUGCAGCAAAUGUGGGAAAUCCUUAAGCUACCAAUCUUUCCUCAGUCAUCCCCAGAGGGGGCACAAUCGAGAGAACAGCUAUGUCUGCAGUGAAUGUGAGAAAUCUUUUAGACAUAGCUCAAUAUUCAUUCAGUACAAGAGAGUUCAAAUUGGAGAAAAGGCUUAUAAGUGUAGUGACUGUGCAAAAUCUUUUACCUCUAGUGCUGCCCUCAGUUAUCAUCGAAGAGCUCACACAGGAGAAAGGCCUUAUGAGUGCAGUGAUUGUGGGAAAUCUUUUUUCUCUAGGUCCAUCCUCCAUUAUCAUCAGAGAGUUCAUUCUGGAGACAGACCUCACAAGUGCAAUGAAUGUGGGAAAUCUUUUAUCACUCGUACUGCUCUCCAUUAUCAUCACAGAGUUCACACUGGAGAAAGGCCUUUUGAGUGUAGUGCAUGUGGGAAGUGCUUUACCCAAAAACAUAACAUUAUACACCUAAGAGUUCGCUCAGGAGAAAGGCCUUAUGAGUGUGCAGAAUGUGGGAAAUCUUUUACUUUUAGCUCCAGCCUUCAUUAUCACCACAGAGUUCACACAGGAGAAAAGCCUUAUGAGUGCCAUGAGUGUGGGAAAUUUUUUAACAAUGGGUGGACACUCAUUCAACACCAGAGAAUUCACACAGGAGAAAAGCCUUAUAUGUGCAGUAAAUGUGGGAAAUCUUUUACCUUCAGCUCCACCCUCCAGUAUCAUCAGCAAGGUCACCUUGGAGAAAGGCCUUAUGAGUGCAGUGAAUGUGGGAAAUCUUUUACUACUAGCUCUGCCCUCCAUUAUCAUCACAGAGUUCACACUGGAGAAAGACCUUAUGAGUGCAAUGAAUGUGGGAAAUCCUUUAAGGACAGAUCACAAUUCAAUAAACAUCAGAGAGUUCACACUGGAGACAGGCCUUAUGAGUGUAAUGAAUGUGGGAAAUCCUUUAGCCAAAAAUCUUCCCUCUCAAUACACCAGAAAAUUCAUAAUAGAGAAAGGCCUUAUGAGUGCAGAGAAUGUGGGAAAUCUUUUACCUCUACCUCUGGUCUUAGUUAUCAUCAGAGAGUUCACUCAGGAGAAAGGCCUUAUGAAUGUGGUGAAUGUGGGAAAUCUUUUAUCUUUAGCUCCAAACUCCGUUAUCAUCAGCGAGUUCACACUGGAGAAAGACCUUAUGUGUGCAGUGAAUGUGGGAAAUCUUUUUUCAGUAGUGACACUCUCUCUUAUCAUCUGAGGGUUCACGCAGGAGAAAGGCCUUAUGAGUGCAGUGAGUGUGGGAAAUCUUUUACCUCUAGUUCCACCCUCCGUUAUCAUCAGAGAGUUCACACAGGAGAAAGACCUUAUGAGUGCAGUGAAUGUGGGAAAUUUUUUAUCUCCAGCUCCAACCUCCGUUAUCAUCAGAGAGUUCACACUGGAGAAAGGCCUUAUGAGUGCAGUGAAUGUGGGAAGUCUUUUAUCUCUGGAUCCAAACUCCGUUAUCAUCAGAAAGGUCACACAGGAGAAAGGCCUUAUGACUGCAGUGAAUGUGGGAAAUUUUUUAUGUGAAAAUCCAUCCUCUCUAGACAUCGGAGAGUUCACACUAGAGAAAUGCCUUAGAUGGGCAGGGAAUGUGCAGUUUCCUGUUUAGUGGAAUUAGACUAGUGGAAACUCUGUGAGGAGCCAUCUGUUCGAAUUGGUUCUCAUGCAUCUGAACAUGCAUGGUGGGGAGAUUUCCUAUAGGUGUCAGUUACGUGGGAAGCUUCUGUAAUAUGUUGCUCUUUCUAACUUGUCCAAGGAUCCUUUCAGAUUUAUGCCACUCCUAGUUUCUGUGACCAAAGCCAUUUCACCUGUGCCAUCUGACAGGUCACAGUGUGCAUAAGUCACCACCCCAGUGUGCUCAGGGAAGCUGACCUCUGUUCUCCCAUGAAUUAGAGCAAGUUAGGAGUCACCUGAGCCCUCAGGGGUCAGCUUUCCCUCUGCCUUGACUACCUUGCACAUGGACCUGAGUCACUGUUGGCCCAGAAAAUACCACAAGUAGGGCUGGCAGUUUGCACAGAAUGACUAACUUCUUCAGGACAUGUGAUGUCACAUGAUACUUGGGAUGAAUUGUUCCAGCUGCCAAGUCACAAACUAGAACUACCUGCUGCAUGUUGCUUUGUCUUGUACAACAAUGAUGGCCUUAUAAUUUAAAUCCUCUUUAAUCUUAGGUGUUCUAUUUACUGUGUGGGGUAGUUCAUAAACAGAUUCAGGCUCUACAAGCAUGAAGGGGUGAACAACUUUUUAUGGGUCUCAAACUUAGCGUGCCUGAGGAGAGACAGUAUGAUGACAGAAAAUAACUUCUCAGUUUUGAGCAAAUUUCCAUUGCUCCCAAAGCCUCCCAGGAAAGACUGCAGGGUUUUCUGGUCCUCAUCUGAGGCCUGGAUGCUGUGAUUCAGGAGGCUCAGUGAUGACCCUGAGGAGAGGGUGUGAGAACCUCAAGUGGAUCUGAGGGCAGCAUGACCUUUUUCCCUUCACAGGAGGUCUCACAGGGGACGUCAGCACUGUGGAGGGGAUAUCUUCCCAUCUACAAAGAGCCAUGUGGCCUGGUGUCCACAGGUCAUUGGGAAAAAGUCACUAGUUGUAAGACUGUUGGGUCUAGGGGAAACCAUAAUUGGUGGAGAAACACUGGCUUAAGAGAGUGGAGGAGACUUCAGCCAAAUAGAUGGAAUGUGCCUCUUCUAAAAGUGCAUCCAGGAAUAGUUCUGUGACAGUGACUGUGCAGGAUCAGUUUGUACACAAGUCUAAGGAUUGCCAGGCAUGUUUAUCUUGUGUAGCUGAAGUCACUGUCUGAGAAUGUAAUAAAAAUAAUUGAAAGGUUUUGUGGA